AUGCAUGUAAAGAUGGUAAUGAAUUUAUUAUGUGACAAAUAUUUAAAACUUGAAAGUGAAGCAAUAACGUGGUUAUCCAGGCAACCAUACGUUCACCAAUUUAUCCAUGAUGAUCGAAUUAGUGGUAGAAUAACAUUAUAUCUUAUAAUAAUUGGGUUCGUUGCAUUUUGUCAAGAAUUGUACAUUACUAUUGAGAUGUCACUAUUACAAAAGGAAACUUACGAUGCUUUGAAUAAUGGUAAAAUUGAUGAAAGCUUAAGAUUACAUCGAAUGCUUAUUAAUGAAGAGUUUCAUAGUCAUGAAUAUUUAGAUGAAAAAAAUGGGAUUGUUAUUGAAGAAUUUGAAGAUAGAGAUAAAUUUUUCUCUAAGCCUGUUCAUGUUUCCUCUUUAUAUAUAAAUUGUUAUGUUGUAGAGAGAAAAAAUGGGGAUUCAAUUUUAGAUAAACCUUUCAAAUUCCAUAUUGAAUUCUCUCCAGAAGAUUUUGAGAAUGAGAAACGAGUGGAAUUCGGUUGUUCAUUAAAAUUAUUAAGAGAAAAAUUAUAUUAUUUGUUUAAGGAUUCCGAAAUUUAUCAUGAACUUAUGAAGGAUAGAAAAGAAAACGGUAAACGAGAAAAAGAAUUCACAAUCUCAAAUGGAGUUGAAAUUUAUAACAGGAACGAUGAAAUUUUGCCACAUUCUGUAGACGAUAUUCAACUAUGUUUCUUAAAGCUUGAAACUAAUGAUACCAUAAGAUGUAAUUUUAUUCUUUAG